ACCAUUCUCUUAAUAAAAAGAUAGAAAGCAUAAAAAAUAUGGGAUAAAAAAGAGGAACAAGAAAAAUAAAAAGAGAGAGAAGCCACGAAAUGCAACUUUAAGAAAUGGAGCCCCUGAAGGGUGUUAAACAGUCACACAACGUUCCUUGUUAGUCCUUUUAGAGGGUUCUCCUUGUUUGUACCAUUUUCUUCAUCUCAAGACAAUCUUUCCAGGAAAAAAUUAUGGCGGAUAGGUUGCGCCUGGCGGUUGGAUUCAUGGGUAAUGGUACUGCUUUGUUGCUUUAUGCCACACCAGUAUUGACUUUCACAAGGGUGAUAAGAAAAGGAAGCACAGAGGAGUUCUCCUGCGUCCCUUACAUAGUUGCACUGCUGAACUGCCUCCUUUACACUUGGUAUGGCUUGCCAAUUGUCAGCCACAGAUGGGAAAAUUCCCCUUUGAUCACCAUCAAUGGCUUAGGGAUCAUACUCGAGUUUUCCUUCAUUCUCAUAUAUUUUAGGUUUGCUUCAACAAAAGGAAAGAUAAAGGUUGCCGUUACAGCAACACCAGUAAUCCUAGUGUUUUGCAUCAGUGCGAUUAUAUCAGCAUUUGUAUUACAUGAUCAUCCUCACAGAAAAGUAUUUGUUGGAAGUGUUGGGCUGGUGGCCUCUGUGGCAAUGUAUGCUGCUCCACUUGUGGCAGUGAAACAAGUUAUACUAACAAAGAGCGUGGAAUUCAUGCCUUUCCACUUGUCUUUGUUCACAUUCCUUGCUAGUACACUCUGGCUGGCAUAUGGGCUGCUGAGCCACGAUCUCUUUCUUGCGUCCCCUAACUUCAUUGGCUGCCCCUUAGGCAUCCUCCAACUUGUACUGUACUGCAAAUACAGGAAAAGAGGAUUUAUGGAAGAACGAAACAAAUGGGAUUUAGAACAAAAUGAUCAAGAGCAACCCAAACAGGUGCAGCUCAUCACGAAUGAUAAUAUCAAUAGCAAGAGCCAAAACAUGUGAUGCAGGGGGAAGCUCUUGUUUCAUUGAGGAACAAAAUAUUGCCUUCCAAAGAAAACAGUGAAAGCACGUGAGGUUCUCAGAAGGAGCUUAUGCUGUAAAAAAAUUCUCAAAUAAGAUGAAGCAUAGAAUUUGUGGAUGUGAUCUUUAAACUAAUACAAGCAAUCUACUCCC